GCCCCUUCUGAGGGGACACCUGACCGGAGGGCCGGCUCCAGCCACCUCCCCUCACCUCAUGCCCGGCUCCUGCCACCUCCCCUCACCCCAUGCCCGGCUCCAGCCGCCUCCCCUCGCCCCAUACCCGGCUCCAGCCGCCUCCCCUCGCCCCACACCGCCCCGUCUCCCAGCCCGUCCCCCCGUCCCCGCCCCGCCGGCGGUGUUUCACUUUGUUUUCGUUCCCGGGUCGCAAGAUGGAGGCGGCGCGGGGCCGGCCCGGGCUGCUGCUGCCGCCGCUGCUGCUGCUGCUGCCGCCGCUGGCCGCCGCGCUGCUGGGCCCGGCCGCCGUUCCGCAGCUGGGCCAGGAAACCAUCAGAGUCAAUGUUAGGAUGUUGAAAAGCAAUGGAGAAUUUCACAAAGGACAGGUUGUUUUUAAUAUCACCUAUGUUAAUGGACAGGUAUAUCUAAAUGAUUUUCCUAUGAAAAGCGGGGUUGCCCACAUAACAUGUCAAACCGUAAUACUGGAGAAUGGAAGCUUGGAUAACCUACCAGAUCAGCAGCGCCUGGCAACUGUCAGCGUUCGCAUCAUGGUUCACGAGUGGCCUUUGGCAUCCAGUUCUGAUUUGCAGCUGAUUGUUAUUCAGGAAGAAGUGACAGAAAUUGAUGGAAGACAGGUGCAGCAGGAAGAAGUAACAGAAAUAGAUAUUUUAGUGAAGGACCUGAAAGUACUUAGACAUUCAAACUACACUGUCCCGUUGAAAGAGAGCAUGCUGUAUUCCAUCCCAAGGGACAACGACAUGCUAUUUACACUUCCCAACCUCUCAGGAAAAGAUAUUCAAGAUCCACUGCAAACCACCAGUCAGUACCUCAUCCGGCAAGCAGAAACUACAGUGGAUGAAGAGACGUUACCUGGCAAGUUACCAGAGACCCCUCUUAGGAUAGAACCUCCAUCUUCUUACAAGGUGAUGUGCCAGUGGGUGGAGGACUUGAGAAAAUGGCUCUGCAGAUUCUGGUUUCGAUCUUUACCCAUCUUCUUUAAUUUGAUGGAAGUCGUUGUGGUUGGAGUCGUGGGAGCAGCUCUCAUUCUGAAAGUCUUAAAGGUGAUUUUCCCUUCCUGUGAAAACAAAGGCAUCCUUCUGCUGGAUCAAGUCAGCUUUGUACCUGUGAUAACCAUCAGCUCGCCUUCGGAUGUUCCAGACAGGAAAAGCAAUUUAGAUGAGAAAGCAUGUACUUAAUGCUGCGUUGACUUUGAAGUUUGUUUUGUUUUGUUUUAAUUAAUGAAUUUUUAGUUGACUUGAAAUUUGGCACUUGAUCUUAAUCCCUUCUUUCCUACAAAGAAAACUUAAGACAGUUGAUUAUUUGGUAAAGGGACACAGGCUGAGGCCCAAAGCUGAUUUCCCUGUGCCUCUCCAUAAACGUACAGCCUUUUUCAGAAGCUUCAAAAUAAAACAGCUUUCUACCCUGAGGGUUACCAUUGGUUUUAACUUCUGUGAAGUCACUUCUCGCGGCUCAAGUCAGGAUGCUGGCUGCCUUCACACCCCUAGAUCAACCAGUUCAGCUGUCCUAAGUAGUGAGAUGAUGAAAUUCAGGGUGUCCUGAAGUCUCCAGAUAGCGUUUUUCAGGAAAGGACAGAGGAGUAUCACAAACAUGACACGUGCCUGCAAGCUGAAACAAAGCUGCCCAACCUGGGUUCGUAUCUCAUAGGGUUGAGUGUGCCUUGCAAGGGAAGUAUCACCACCAAGCGUUUGUGUUGCUCAAGUACUUUGACAUAUAUGCAAAACAAAGCUUAAAAAGGCAGAUUUGUAUUUCAAGCACUUUAUACUUUUAUGGCCCCUUAUGCUCAUGAAAAUCGUUAGCACUUGUAAACUUGUAACGUGGCUUGUUCACAACGUGCUUUUUGUAUUAGUGACAGCAGUACUACGUGACAGCUCAACACCCCCCCCAAAAAUGUACAAAAGUACUGGCUUACUAAGUAGGCUCAGUCUUCCCAUACUGAUUUGUACUGUUAACAUUUUUCAAAUAAACAUUUAAAUUGUUUAUUA